AUUUCUUAUCAUUUUCCUACGCCUGAACAGUGAUUUUACACUUAUGGACGCUUUUGCAAAAUCCCGUCUCGAAAAAGCUUUCGGUGGUGGAAAAUUGCCACCAAUUCAUCUUUUUGAGACUCUAGAAUUCUCUACAGUAGUCAAGGCUGAAGAUAACAUAGGAAUUGAACUGAAAAGUUCGGUUGUUGUUAGCAUACCAUUUGAGAGUCCAUGGACGGGUCUUAUUAAAGUUGGAGACAUUCUUGUUUAUCUCAAUGGGUAUCAGAUUGGAGGCCAAGGCGUAUUGGCAAGAUUCAUUCAAACAAUUAUCAAUGGACAACCAUGUGCUAAAAUGACAUACAAAGUGAUUAGGUUCAAAAGACACAUUCCACGUCCUUCCGGAUUCCCGCCGCUCCAAAAGCAUGAAAGCUAUUCUACUGAUACAUUGGUAUUGUAUAAUCUGAAAAAAGUUUUUCAUCUCGGUCUUGACAUCAAAGAAAUCGAAGGAAAGAUUGUUGUCUGUGACCUUGUUGAAAACUCACUUGGGGACAUGACAUUUAGUGUUGGAGAAACAAUUCUCGAUGUAGAUGGCGAAAAGCCUUUGUCCUGUACUGGAUUCAAUGAACGAGUGAGAAAGUCUCUAUUGAUCCGUAACUACUGCUUGGUUACUGUUGAGAUUCCAUCGACCGAUCCACUUAAAAAUCUGCUGAGAAACCAGAUCACAAAAACAGUGAAAGAAGCUCCACGUAUCCACAAACUGCCACCGGAUGCAGCGGCUUAUGGAGCUGAGGGAAUUGCAGUCUUGAGAAAGUUUGGCGGUGGUGAACAGUUGAAGCCAAUUUUGUUAGCAGAGCCAAUUCCCAAAAGCAAUGAAUCUGCUCACUCUCAGCUGAAAAUUGAAGAAAAAGUAAAGGAAGGAGAUGUGCCAAGUGGAUGGAAUUCUCGACUUUUCGUGCGUCUUCCUCCAAUGAAAUCCGCCGAAACUGAAUCAACUUUCCAACAAUGAUUCAUUCAUUUUUUUCUGAAAAUAGAUUUUUUGCAUAAAUAUUGACUUGGUCU